AUGCUCUCUCCGCAUGCUCACCUUCGGAUGCUCGCGCACUGGCCUCCACAUCUCACGAGAUGCGGACCGCCCCACAAAGAGCUCGAAGCACCACACCCGUCAUUGUAUCUGAACAGGAGCGAGAACCAAUGGUUGGCAUGCGCACAAAGCGCGGACGUCCACGUCGUGGUGUACUUGGUGGUGGAGCCCACGCACCGAUUCGCGCGGCAGUGGUGUUGUCUACCUGCCGCCCCCACCACGACUUUGUUGUUUCCGUUUUCCCUUUGUGUCUCACUUCUCCGCUCACGCCACUGCGCUGUGUCAGAACCGAAGCGGCGGAAGACACAGUCGCCCACGCGCAAACACGCAAUGAUGCAGGCAGCGUCUCUCAAGAAGGGCAGUGGCGACAAGCGCGCCAGGGAGGCGUCGUUGCGGGAGAUGGCGGUCGGGAAGGCUAAGGUAGAAACGGCAGCUGUGCUGCCCAAGGCUUCGCACGACAGCCAGGCGCACCCGAACUUCUUCUCCUGGCUCUUAAAGACGUCCCGCAUGGAGUUCUUCCGAAAGUACUUUGAAAGGAGGCAUCUCGUUGUUUCGCACGGGAGCGGUGAGUACUUUGCCAGCGGGCUUCCCGGUGUUGUACCCCCGGUGAAUUGGUCCACGGAGCGCAUGCUAGAGCACGUCCAGACGCACCCGUCACGCUACGGCACCGACCUCGACGUUGUCAAGUUCGACCCUAAGCUCAAAAGACGUGUCUCCUACAGGACGAAGGGUCUAGUGGAUGCGGCCGAGCUGGAGACGUGCAUGAAAGGCGGGUGGUCCGUGCGCUUCCUGCGACCCAACGAGUUCAUCGAGAGCAACUCCGCCUUCAUCGGGAGCAUGGAGAAGGAGUUCAACUGCUACUGCGGCGUGAACAGCUACUGGACGCCGGCCAACAGUCAAGGCUUCGCGCCGCACUACGACGACGUCGACGUGUUUCUUCUGCAGCUGGAAGGCGAGAAGCUGUGGUGCCUCUACGACCCGCCGGAGAACGUCGAUGUGCUCGCGCGCCACUCGAGCGAGGACUACGCGCCUGAGCUGUUCCCCACACCAAAGCACGCCAUCACCCUGAAGGCCGGCGAUGUGCUGUACAUGCCGCGCGGCACGGUGCACCAGGGCAAGACCACCCGCAAGAUGCACUCGCUGCACAUCACCUUCUCGGCCAAUCAGAUGAACUCGUGGGCAGACUUUAUGAGCCGCGCCGCACAGUACACCGUGGAGACGCUCGCCGCCAACAAACUGGAAUGGCGUCGUGCCCUUCCACGCGAUAUGCCGCAGGUGAUGGGUGAGAUGAACAACCCCGUCUUUCGCGACACUCAUGGCCUUGCCGCUCUCAGCGAGAACCAGCAGGAUCACCGCGCCAAACUACAGACAAAGGUGCGUGAGAUGGUGGCGGAGCUGACGCUGCUGCUCACCGACGAAGUGAACAUGGACGUGUGCACCGACGUGUACGGUAAGGAUACGAUCCGAAAGCUGCAGCCGCCGUCCAGGACGUACAGCGGCACGGCUCCGGCCUCGACAACGCUCAACCACGCCUCCCGGGUGCGUCUCAUCUCUCGUAACUGUAUGCGGCUGCUGCUGAACGUGCCUGGCGAAGCUCGGGUGUACCACAUUGGUCGAAACUCAACCGUCUGCCUCGCUGGGGAGUUGGGCGAGCUGCGCUUUGAGGCAGACUUCGCGCCAGCGAUUGCCACGCUGCUCUCCAGUUACCCCAAGACGAUGUCCGUGAGUGCGCUGCCCUUUCCGGGCUUCGACGACCCCGACGAUGUAGCCGAGAAUCAACUGCUUCUAGUCGAAACUCUGCGGGAUGCCGGGCUUCUGCACGUGGUGUCCUCGGCUAACGGUAACACGCCGAGCUAG